AUGUGCUCCACAAAUCUUCCGUUCCCAGAGCUCAGCAGACGCUAUUUAAUGGUCCACUCCGCACAGGUUGCAGCCAGCGCAGGCAGGCAACCACAUCCUCGCAGUCUCUUCCUUUCCUUGCUGGAGGCACACAGAACACAACCUGCUUUGGGGCCGCUGCGGUGGCAUGGGAGUCCCGGGUUCGCUCUGGGUCUUCUUCACUCUCAUUACUCCAGGAGUUCUUGGUCAGUGUAAGUUGCUGCCAAAUUAUUCUUUUGCUAAGCCUAAUAAUGGGAGUGAUAAGUCUGAGUUUGCUGUUGGAACAACUUGGAAAUACAAAUGCCUUCCUGGGUAUUAUGGGAAGCCAUUCCUUAUCACCUGCUUAGAAACCUCAGAAUGGUCAGAUGCUCAGCAUUUCUGUAAACGUAAAGCAUGUUCGAAUCCUAAAGACCCCCUCCAUGGCUCUGUGCAUAUAAACACGGGUAUCACCUUUGGGUCAACAAUCACAUAUUCUUGUAACAAAGGAUAUCGACUCCUUGGUGACUCAUCUGCUACAUGUAUUGUGUCAGGCAAUAGUGUAAUUUGGGAUAAGAAUGUGCCUGAAUGUGAAUCUAUUCCUUGUGAGUCACCUCCAGCGAUCUCCAAUGGAGACUUCCACAGCAGCAGUAGAGACAGCUUUCUCUAUGGAAUGGUAGUAACUUAUUAUUGCCGUGUUGGAAAGAAUAGGGAAAAACUGUUUGAUCUGGUGGGUGAGAAGUCAAUAUAUUGCACCAGCAAAGACAAUCAAGUUGGCAUCUGGAACAGCCCACCUCCUCAGUGUAUUGAUAUAGUCAAGUGCCCAGUGCCAGAAAUUGAAAAUGGAGAUGUGGAGCCUGGACUUAAACACUCCUUCUUCUUAAAUGAUACCGUAAUGUUUAAGUGCAAGCCUGGCUUUACCAUGAAAGGCAGCAGCAUAGUGUCAUGCCAGCCAAACAACACAUGGAACCCUCCACUGCCAACAUGUUUCAGGGGAUGUCUACCACCUCAAAAUAUCCACCAUGGUGACUAUAACAAAAAGGAUAAGGAAUUGUUUUCUGUUGGCCAGGAAGUGUCAUAUAGCUGUGAGCCUGGCUAUACCCUCACUGGAGCUAACCCUGUGGAGUGUACGUCCUUGGGAACCUGGAGCCAUGCAGCCCCGACAUGUGAAGUGCAAUCAUGCGGUGCCAUUCCAAACCAACUUCUUCAUGGCCAGGUGCUUCUUCCCCCUAAUCUCCAGCUUGGGGCAGAGGUUUCCUUUGUCUGUGACCCAGGGUUCCAGUUAAAAGGGAACUCUUCUAGUCAGUGUGUCGCAGGAGGAGAGACAGUAACCUGGAAUAAUAAGUUUCCUGUCUGUGAACAGAUUUCUUGUGACCCUCCCCCGGAAGCGGAAAAUACUCGACAACUCUCUUAUUCUACCCCCAUACGUGCUGGAACUGUUGUGAGAUACUCUUGUUUACAUGGCUUCCGCACCAUUGGAGAAAAGACUCUUUUUUGUAUAAUUAAAGAUCAAGUGACUGCCACUUGGGAUAAAGCUCCUCCUAUAUGUGAACAUUUUAAUAAAAACUCUAUUUGCUCAGAGCCCAGAGUACCAGGGGGAUUCAAAAUUAGAGGCUCUAAACCACAAUUCAGACAUGGAGACUCUGUGACAUUUACCUGUAGAGCCAACUUCACCAUGAAAGGAAGCAAAACGGUCUGGUGCCAAGCAAAUAAAGUGUGGGGACCAGCGCCGCUGCCAGUCUGUGAGAGUGAUUUCCCUCUGGAGUGCCCAUUACUUCCAACGAUUCCUAAUGGACACCACACAGGACAGCAUGCUGGCCAGUUUGUUCCAGGGUUAUCUGUGACAUACAGUUGUGAACCUGGUUAUUUGCUUAUUGGACAAAAGACAAUUAAGUGCUUAUCUUCAGGAGAUUGGAAUGGUCUCAUCCCCACAUGCAAAGAGGCCAAGUGUGAACACCCAGGAAGGUUUCCCAAUGGGCAGGUGACAGAGCCUGUGAGUCUUCGGGUUGGCACCACUGUGGCCUUCUCCUGUAACGAAGGGUACCAGUUACAAGGACAACCCUCUAGUCAGUGUGUAAUUGUUGGACAGAAAGCUAUUUGGACCAAGAAGCCAGUAUGUAAAGAAAUUUUCUGUCCCCCACCUCCAACUGUUCUUAAUGGAAGACACACAGGCAGCUAUGCAGAAAAUGUACCAUAUGGAAGCACAGUUACUUACACCUGUGACUCAAGCCCAGAGAAAGGAGUGAACUUCAUUCUUAUUGGAGAGAAGAGUAUUCAUUGUACCAACGAAGGCCAGAAGACUGGCGUCUGGAGUGGCCCUGCUCCACACUGUGAACUGUCAGCUUCUGCAGUUCAGUGUCUACAACCCCAGAUCAAUAGAGGGAAAAUGCUAUCUAUUCCAAAAGAUAUAUAUUUAUACAAUGACACUUUGAAAUUUUCUUGUGAAUCUGGCUUCACCUUGAAGGGCAGCAGGAUAAUUCGAUGCAAUGCCCAAGGCAGAUGGGAGCCAUCACUACCAGUGUGUGAAAAGGAAUGUCAGGCUCCUCCUAAAAUCAUCAAUGGCCGAAAAGAAGAUAGGCACUUCCUCAACUUUGACCCUGGUACAUCCAUAAGAUAUAGCUGUGACCCUGGCUAUUCACUGGUGGGAGAGGACACUAUACAUUGUACCCCUGAAGGGAAGUGGACACCCAGUGCCCCCCAGUGCAAAGUUGCAGAGUGUAAGCCAGUAGGACCACAUCUUUUUAAGAGGCCUCAGAAUCAGUUUAUCAGGACAGCUGUUAAUUCUUCUUGUGAUGAAGGGUUCCAGCUAAGUGAGAGUGCUUAUCAGCAGUGUCAAGGUACGAUCCCUUGGUUUUUAGAGAUUCGUCUUUGUAAAGAAAUCACAUGCCCGCCACCUCCUGUUAUCCACAAUGGGACACAUACGGGGAGUUCCUCAGACGAUGUUCCAUAUGGAACUGUGGUCACAUACACGUGUCAUCCUGGGCCAGAAGAAGGAGUGCAAUUCAACCUCAUCGGGGAACGGACCAUCCGCUGUACAAGUGACCGGAGAGGAAGAGGCUCCUGGAGUGGCCCUGCUCCUCUCUGUAAACUUUCCCUCCCUGCUGUCCAGUGCGCAGACGUCCAUGUCAGAAACGGAUUCAAGCUUACUGAAAAUGGAGCCCCGUAUUUCUACAAUGAUAGUGUGACAUUGAAGUGUGAUGAUGGAUACAUUUUGAUUGGAAGUAGUGAGAUCCGUUGUAAAGCCAAUAACACCUGGGAUCCUGAAGUACCACAUUGUGAGAAAGAGGGAUGUGAGCCUAUGAGAGAACUCCAUGGCCUUCGGGAUGAUUCACAUGUAAAAUCAGUGAAUAGAGCCUGUCAAAGGGGGUACCACGUGACUGGGUAUACUUAUGAAAAGUGUCAAAAUGCCAAGAAUGGGACUUGGUUCCAAAAGAUUGCAGUCUGUUCAGUUAUUCAUUGUCAGCCCCCACCGAAGAUUGCAAAUGGCAGUCACACGGGUAUGAUGUCAAAGCACUUCCUGUAUGGAAAUGAAGUCUCUUAUAAGUGUGACCAAGGGUUCUAUCUUCUGGGAGAGAAAAGUUUGCAGUGUAUAAGUGAUUCUAAAGGACAUGGAUCGUGGAGUGGACCUCCACCACAGUGCUUUCAAGAUUCUCCUCCAAGUCAUUGCCCUGAUCCGGAAGUCAAACAUGGAUACAAACUCAACAAAACUCAUUCUGCAUAUUCCCAUAACGACACAGUACAUUUUGUCUGCAAUCAAGGCUUCAUCAUGAAUGGCAGUCAUUUGAUAAGGUGUCAUAGUGAUAACACAUGGGUACCAGGUGUACCAGCUUGUAUCAGAAAGGCUUUCUUAGGGUGUCGAUCUCCAUCCACAAUCGCCAAUGGGAAUCACACUGGUGGGAAUAUAGCUCAGUUUUCUCCUGGAAUGUCAGUCAUGUACAGCUGCUACCAAGGUUACUUGCUGACUGGAGAGGCACUUCUUCUCUGUACUCAUGAGGGUACCUGGAGCCAACCUGCCCCUUAUUGCAAAGAAGUGAACUGUAGCUUCCCUGAAGAUGUAAAUGGAAUCCAGAACGGUCUCCAGUCUGGGAAAACAUAUCGGUUUGGAGCCACUGUGACUUUGGAAUGUGAGGACGGCUAUACCUUGGAGGGAAGUCCACAGAGCCAGUGCCAGGGUGACCACCAAUGGAACCCUCCCCUGGCUAUGUGCAAAUACCGGUCAACUAUUCCUCUUAUUUCUGGCAUUUCUGCAGGCACAGUAGCUGUCGUUCUGCUUAGUGUGUGCUUCUGUGUGAUAGUGUUAAAACAGAGAGAACGCAAUUACAACACAAAGAGAAGGCCUAAGGAAGGAGCUCUUCACUUGGAAACCCGAGAAGUGUACUCUGUUGAUCCGUACAGCCCAGCAAGCUGAUCGCGUGACAAGUUUGUACAUAAUGAAACUGAAA